GCCUCACCUCAACUCCCCAUAGCCAAACCUUUACCAAAUACUUUCAAAUGUAAUUCAUCAAUUGAUUUUUAAUUUUCGAACUCGAGUAUUGUGGGUUCAAUACCCCCAAAAGAAAAGGAUUAAUAAAGAAAAUCAAUUUCCGCCGAGCUUUGGCUAAAAGAUCGAUUGUUGUUUUGACCUUUAUUUUAUCUCCAUAAUUCUCCAAAUAAUUUUUUUCCAUUCCUCUUCCAUCUAUUUGCCAAAAUACCCCUCUUUAGAACUAGAAAUAAAAUCAGAAAAAAGACAAAUGAUUUCACCGAUUUUUUUUCGACCUGACAAAUUAAUCAGUGGCUUUAAUUUGUGUCUCACAUUUCGUUCUCUCUUCCAACGAAAAAGUAGGAGGAAUAAAGUGAUAAAAACUAACCCGCGCAUACCCAUAUCAAAGGGAGAAGGAGCUCAAUUCCUCAAUCUAUAACCCAUUUCAUACUCUUUUUUCUCCCUAAUUCCGUUCAAUUUCAAAGACAUCUAUCUACAAUGGAGAAAAGAAGAAUAGAGAAAAUUGCGUGGGAAAGUGAGAUGGGACAUCGAGAAGAAAGAGAAAAUGGAAAAAAGAAUAAGAAAGAGGAAAAGUAGAAAGUAAAAGAAAGAAAAGGAAACCAAUAAGAAAAGCUAAAAUAAAAUAAAAUAAAUAGUAAUAAAAAAGAAAUUACAUAGUUCUGCAAAGUGUAAAGGGGAGACAAUUCUAGGGGGGUAAUUAUGUAUUGUUCCUAAUACGAAUAUAACUUCGAAUGGCGGCCCAAAAGCCCCCUCCAAUUAGGGCGAAGUGUAGCAAUAACUAUUUAUAAGUCCGCUUUUUAAAAUAUAUUCACAAUUUAUAAUGUAUUUAAAAAUUAGCCAAUUCACCCAAACUUCAGGACUAAGUAUCUUGAAUUUAAAAAUUCACGACUUAGUGUCAUGAAUUUUUGAGCUACUAAUUUGAAAUUCAGGACUAAGUGUCCUGAAUUACUAAACUACUAAUUUAAAAUUCAGGACAUAAGAUUCGAACUUCAAAAUACAAUUUUCGAACUUUAUGAUACAAUGUCCUGAAGUUUUAAUUUUGAGGUUUAAACUCUAGGGCGUCGUUUUCAGAAAUUGUUGAUAUAUUUUAAAUAGAAUAUUUAAAAAUGGCUACCUGGUGUCGUUUCCACCCCCAAUUACCCAAUUGGCCGUGUCAAUCGGGUAUCAUCCAAAAUUAGCCCGAAUCUUAAUUACCCGAUUCAACAGUCCAUUGAGCAAUUGAGCACAAAACUCGGAAGGAUGCAAGAAACGUAGACAAUGAGGAACAAACAGAGCAGCCACCAUGCUCUCUCAUUCAUGGAUAAAACCUCUCUGUAACAGAGGUAAUUUAUUGUUUGCUUUAUCACUUGGCCGCCGUGCAACUAUGUUUCAUUCUUGUUCUGCUUUACAUUUUUCAUUUCAAGAAAAGCCGUCGAUUUCUAGAAAGCGUAAAGUUGCUGUUUUUAGGGAGUUGAGACAUGUAAAUAAUUUAAACGAUGCUGUUUGCGUUUUUCAUCAAAUGGUCCGAACACAACCUAUUCCUUCGGUUAUAGAGUUUGCAAAAUUGUUUAGGGUGAUGAUUAAUAUGAAACAUUACUCUGCCGUUGUUUCAUAUUUUACAGAGAUGAGGAAACUGGGGAUAUCCUUUGAUGAUUAUAUCUUGACUAUUGUGAUUAAUUGUUUUUGCUUGUUGGAUCGUGCUGAACAUGGGUUUUCAGUUCUGGGUAUUUUCUUCAAGAGUGGUGUUCAGUGUAACGUGGUUACUUUCAGCACUCUUACGAGGGGGCUUUUUGAACAAAAUAAGAUUCAAGAUGCCAUGUGGUUGUUUCAAAAGCUGGUCACUGAGAAAAUUUGUGAGCUUGAUGAAGUUAUGUAUGGUACCGUCAUGAAUGGUCUUUGUAAAAAAGGACAUACUCAAACAGCUCUUAGUUUGCUGAGGAUAAUGGAACAAGGGGAUCCCAAACCUAACACUGUUGUGUAUAGCAUUGUCGUAGAUGCGCUUUGCAAAGACAAGAUGGUAGGUGCUGCUUUCAACCUUUUCAAUGAAAUGAAACGGAAAGGCAUUACUCCCAACGUACUUACAUAUAGUUCAUUGGUUGAUGGUUUGUGUAAGUUGGAUCAGUGGGAAAAGGUUAGGCUUCUUUUGGAUGAGAUGAUGUUUCUUCAUAUUUUUCCAAACGUGCACACAUUUAGCAUGUUGGUAGAUGCAUUCUGCAAGAAAGGGAUGGUUGAAGAUGCUGUACAAGUGUUACAGCUAAUGAUCCAAAGAGGUCAGAGGCCAGAUGCAAUUACCUACAAUGCGAUAAUGGAAGGGUAUUGUUUGCGUGCUGAAAUAGAUGUAGCAAGGAGAGUUUUUGACUCUAUGGUUGCUUCUGACAUCAAGCCUGACAUCUUUAGUUACAACAUAUUAAUCAAUGGAUAUUGCAAGCAAAAGAAAUUAGACGAGGCUAUGCAUUUAUAUUGUGAAAUCUCGCAAAAGGGGUUAAAAUCUGAUAUUGUUACAUAUUGUACUAUCUUGCAAGGUCUAUUUGAAGUUGGUAGAGUUGAGUGUGCAGAAAGUUUCUUUUCUGAGAUGCAAAAUGCAGGCCAUAGUCCCGACAUUUACACUUGUGGUGUAAUGCUUCAUGGUUAUUUAAAGAAUGGACAUGUUGAAAAAGCGAUGUCCCUCUUUCAUAGGUGGGAUAAACAAAAAGAAGAUACUAAUAUUUUGAUCUAUAAUACAGGCAACGGUGGAUUUUUUAAAAUUCAGAAGCUUGAUAAAGCUCGUUCAAUUUUUGAUAAGCUUUAUUCCAUAGGGUUGCACCCUGAUGCUAUAACAUACAAUGUAACAGUAAAUGGACUUUGUAUUGAAAGUUUAGUAGAUGAAGCCAAAGAGUUGCUAAGAAAAAUGGAGGACAAUGGUUCUUUCCCUGAGAAUGCCACUUCCAAUCUUAUUGUGCAUGGACUUCUCAAGAGUAAUACAGCUAAUGAAGCGAUUGCUCUUUUGAAGGAAAUUGUUGGAAGGGGUUUCCCAGCUGGUAAAGCCACAAUGUCACUGCUAAUAGAACUACUUUUGUUAAUAGGGGAAGGUCCUUUUUUGGUUAAUAUGAUACCAGAGUUUCAUCCAAGAAAUGAGAAAUGAACUUCUUUUUUCCUCUCGUUAUUGAACUAUUGGAAAUCUUGGCUGCCAUUGGGAAAACCAAAUGAUGAUAGUACUCGAAGAUUACUUAGCUGUCAAAGAUGGAGGGACCGGAAUAUAGUUGAACAUUGAGACGUCAUGUUAUGGGCUCAAGAUGGAAGGCUUGAAGAGUGCACGAUCAUGUGAGAUUUAAUUUAAAUUUCAUCAUUGUGUUCACCAGCCCACCAUAGAACCGGUUUCUUGGCAUGCUUUCAGGGUAAUAUCUGUUGGUAAGACACUACCAAGAGAUUCAGUAACAUGAAAGGAAGUGAAAGAGAUGAGUUCCAUAUCGUGGCAUAAAUUCAUCCUAACAUUAUAUGUACCAGCCAACGAGAGUUAGAUAGAGACAACCUUUUGUCAACGGACUUACUUGGCCCACUGACAGAAAGUAAACUUCAAUCUGUUUUUGGCUUCUGAUGUUGAGGACUCUAUGAUGGAAUACAUGGUGAGGAUGCAGAGACUGCGGAAGAAACGGAUAAUGAGACGAGGGUGAUUAACCAAUCGUCUUGCCUGAACAAGAAAUAGGAUUGUAUAACAACAACAACAACAACAACAACAACCCAGUGAAAUCCCACAAGUGCGAUCUGGGGAGGGUAGAGAGACUGUUUCCGAUAGACCCUCGGCCAAAGAAUCGGAUAGGAUUGUAUCUGAUAUAUUAUUUUGUUCGUGUUAUCUUAUCACAAGAUUCAUGGAUCGGAUAGAAUUAUUUUGAACCUAUACUGAGAAAGGAUUCAACAUUGUUGGUGAAGAGUCGAUUCGAAAAAUUUCAAGGACACGCCAAACAAGAGUAACUAAUGCUACUUUGCAGGGUCUCCUCAUGCCGUAGCGAAGUUCAUUGCAAUGUUAUUCUUCUGUACUUAUAUAUUUAAUUUAUUAUAUUUUUUUCCUAUGUAAAUGAAUUAAAUUUCAAAGUUCUUACUGGAAUUAAAGUUUUGUUGUUACAUGCUGA